GGCGAAACAAAUUUUGUUAUUGCAAUAUUUACAUUAAAAAUAUAAAUUCUAUCAAGUUAAUGUUGAGGUUCAAAAUUUAUAGUGUUGACAAUGUUAUGUUAUUGAAAACAAACGUGAAGUGAUGUUUCUAUAGUUCGACAAAAAUAGGUUACUAGGUUGUGUGUUGUGAGUUGUUGCAGUAGAUGUAUUCUGAAUAAGUAUAUAUUUUUAAAUACUUCAUACGACAUGGUUUAAACUAUGUCAUAAUAGCAUUCUGGAUCAUAAAAUGAUAGUUUUAAGCUGGCAAGAAAUGAGUGAAAUCAAAAACAUGUUUGCCAAAUGAAACUUAAAAGUUACAAUGAAUUAGAAACAUGUCGAGAUGUUUACGAGUAUGCGGGGCAUAUUCGUAUAGACUUACACGCAGACAUUCUACGUUACUUCUAUUUAUUUCGUUUGUUGUUACUCUUACUGUGAUAUUCCACUUAUAUGCAUUUAAGCACCACGAAAGACCCCACGCGUAUGCACAAAUUGGAGAUUUUGAAUACAAACCUGGAGCUUUCCUACGAGGUCGACAGCCCAAUGAAAACAAAAGCUAUUGUGAAUUUAAUUAUGGUCUUCCACAAUACAUCAAUUGGGGAACUUUCCCAAUAUUUUCUUCUCCUGAAUCAGGUAUCACUGGACCUUAUAGAGUCAUAUAUAAUGCAAUCAGAGGAACAGAAUAUGCUAACGACACAAAGUAUGACGCGGUGACGUAUGCUACACAAGCAACGCCAGAAUUUAUUUAUCACAUUGUUGAAAUAGCCAAGUAUUGGGAUGGCCCAAUCAGCUUAGCGUUGUACGUGCCCAACUACGAUAUGGACGUCUCUGUUCAAAUAUUAAAACACAUUUGUUCAUGUUAUCCUGCCAUGUCAAAAGUGUCAGUACAUUUAUUUUACCCUAAACGAUAUCCACCAAAAAUUAGGAAACCAGAGGACUUUAUACCUACCACGGUAAUACCGACUGUUGCUGUAAACAUAUCCAGUGAUGUCAUUUUAAAAAAUAAGCUAGAUAAUUACAGGAUCUUGGAUCGUAAAUCCAGAGCUGAAUACGUACAAUGGGUGAGAAAAAGGAAAAUUGAACGAAUGAUGGUAAAAGUAAAUAAGAAACAGGAAAGCGCACCGAAUUUGCAUUUUGCCGAUUGCUCGGGGCCUGAAGUAUCCGACAUACCUACAUUUCGGCGCGAACAUAAAAUGAUAUAUCCAAUAAAUGUAGGAAGAAACAUCGCACGGAAUGCGUCGAAGACAAACUAUUUCAUUGUGUCGGAUAUAGAAAUGGUGCCGAGUUUCGGAUUAGCUCCGAAAUUUCUAAGAAUGGUGAGGAAACUUAUGGGCGAUAAGAAACGCGACGAGGGCUGUAUAUUCGCUAAGACGGUCUUUGUAGUGCCACUGUUUGAAGUUGAAAGGGGAGAGGAUAUUCCUCACGACAAAGACACGUUGGUGAAUAUGAUAAUCUCGAACCGCGCUAUGUAUUUUCAUCAAAAGAUUUGUUCGCACUGUCAACGGUUUCCCGGACUUCAGACCUGGCUACUACGGUCUCCACACAAUACACUAGAGCCGAUGCUGAUAGCUCGAAGGGAAUAUCCCUAUCACCGCUGGGAGCCGCUUUAUUUCGGAACUAACAAGGAGCCCUGGUACAGUGAGAUGCUGUCUUGGGACGGAAGACAGGACAAAAUGACGCAGAUGUUAGAGCUGUGUCUUCAAGACUAUCGGAUGGUGGUACUCGACGGAGGAUUCCUCUGCCACGCCGCGGCCAACAAGAAUACUUCUCAAAAUGCAAGAGCCCAGUACCUCAAUCGACAACGAUAUCAAAACAUUAUUGCUUCGUUUAAGGAGAAAUAUCCCGAUCGACCUAAGUGUAAGAUCUCGUGGGGAUGUAAGCAUACUACUUAAUGUUUAUAUAGCCUUUUUUGUAUAUUGUCGCCUCUAUCUGACUAAAGAUGGGGUACAUAUGUAUAUAAUUAAUGGUAACGAAAAAUAGAACACGUUACAGGUGUUUGUCUUUCUAAGAGAACGAUUAUUUGAUCAGAUUGAAUGAAUGAGCUAUAAACCGGAUUUCAGCUAUAGGACGAUUUUACUGAAGUACUUACUCUGCACCUUUGCAUAUCUAUCUAUUACGUGGUUGCCUCUAUUAUUUACAAGGUGUUACUUUUAACCACGUUCAUAAUAUGGGUCAUUAAAACAUUUGCGCCAUUGCAAAUACGCCGAAAUAAAGGAAUUUAUAUAGGCCGCACAGAUUGGCUGUAUUAUUUAAAUACAUUGUCAGUACAAUGCAUUUACAGACCCUUUAAAAUAUAAUGGUUGAUAUUCGUAUGAUAUCAUCAAAUAAUAAAUUAUCCUAUUUGAUUAUCGCGUACACCUCUACAUUGAAAUUUCUCGUUGACCACUUUAAAAAACUCGCAACAUCUAAUGUAAAAGAAAAUGUAAAUAAUAUUCUUUGUCCAUUGUCCCCCUGUGGGGCCCACGUUGGGAAACACUGUAAAAGUGUUUUAAAAUCCUUUUUGAAAUGGUCUAGUAUUAAGAUAAUUGUAAUAAGUAUUUGAUAUACUUAUAAGGCAUAUUAAUGGUGCCAGGAAUCAGUGUAUAUGCCUAUGUAACCAGCUCGUUAAGAAGCCAAAGAUGGCUGAUGAAGAGUAGAAGGAAGAAAAUUAUUAAUGAAACAGUUGUGGAUUGUGUUUUGUUUUAUCCUCGCAGUUACAAUUGCUACGAGUAGUUUCUGUCCAUUAUUAUAUUUAUCGAUUUUCGGAACUUUAAUUUUUAACUAUGUACUUCAUUUUUUGUUUUAAAUUUACCAUUGAACUAUAGAGUUGUAUAAAAUAUUCCUUUUUUAAAUAUAAUUUUAACAACAAAAUAUAUGUUACUGUAAUUGUACUUUGGACAUCGAGGCAGUAUUCGAAAUUCUUUCGAUAUCAACGCCUGGCAUUCCACAACAGCGCUUUUUAGCUCACUCCCGGCACUCUGUCCCGCACCACCUCUUUGUGGAACCAACUGCUAGUAAUGGGAUUUUCGAACCGAUGAGACUUAGGGAAAAACCGUUCCCUAAUAGGUCGGCCCACGGCGUUGCAGGUUUAUUCAAAUGUAUGCUCCAUAAAAAAUAUUACAGGCGAGAUAACGAUACGAUAUCCACAUCGGCUGAAUGUCUAUUUACAAAUGUCGAUUUAAUACAAUAGAUUUUUACCUCAUCAAAAUUCAAUAACGUUACCUUGGAACAGCGGACAUAGAUAUUAUAUUUUCGAAGGACUGCACGAUUGCUUUCAAUUACGUAUUUAUUGUAUUUUACGAUUUCUGUUUUAAAGAGUGAACUGUCCUUGCAAUGUUCCGUCAUUAAAAUUAUGGAGCUAAAAGAGACAGAUGUCCAGUGUGAUAUUUUAAGUUGGCCUUGCUGUAGUUUUCAUUUUGAAAACGCUUAAAAGUACCACUUUUAAGUUUCAAUAGUGUAUAUUGAAUGAUGAAAAUGUUUUCCUCGAUGAAAAGUAUACCGCGUUCUGGAUUGCUAAAUCAUAAAUUAUUCAAUAGAUCUGAGAUUACUUUCUGAAGUUACUGAAUAAUAAUUAUGGGAUGGCAUAAAUAUUAUUUUUAACAAUAUUUUAAGAAGUUUCUGAAAAAAUGUUCGGAAUUAUAGAGUAAAAUUUAGUCUCGCUACGGGCCGCCUCUAUUAUUUUUUUCACACAUGUUUUAUACCACAUAUGUGUGGUCCAUAGCAACAAACUACUUCUUUCGAUUAUCAAAUAAAAGUUUAUAUAACUGUUAGUGUCUCUUUGAUUAUCUUUUUCGAAUUUUGGAAUAGACUUUAGUAUUUUACGUACUACGUAGUUUUGAAAGUGAAUGUUCCUGAUAAAUAUUUAUGAAUUUCUAUUUAAAUUGUUACGAAACAAGGGAAUGUAAUUCUAUCUCAAAUGUAUAUAAAUUUAUGUAUUUAAUGUGCUUUAGAUGUAUUUAAAUAAUUUCAAAUAUUAUUAGCAUAUAUCAUUUCUUAUGUCAU